AUGUACCUGAACAACCCGCGUGGCUCGAACAACAAGCUGCGUGAGACGAGCAACAACGUUCAAAAUGCCAACAGACUUUUCGACUCGCAGAACAACGCAGCCUCUGGAUAUCAAAUCGGUGAUGACUGCAAACCAGCCUGCAAGGAUGGCAACAACCAGUACGACGUUACCAAAGAGGGAGCCACAAAAGGGACGAUGAAGUUCUACCAAGGCUCUGAGCUUUACAUCGAGUGGCACCAUCAGCAUGGCUGUGGCGUCGGCCAUCCAAACCUGAAGUGCCAGAUCAUUCUGCAGUACAUGAAUGAAGAUGAGAACGUGAAUCUGCGCGAUGGUACAGGCCAAGACACAGCAGGCGGUGAUGACAAUGACCCUACAGAGGAAGGGACUGCGGAGCCUGCGCGAGGAUACCACGAGCCUCUGGAUUUCUACCAGGCGUGUAUUGCUCGCGAGCGCAACAAAGGUCUCUACACGGCUGACAGGCAGAUGGAAGAAAAUGGCGGAGCUACUUCAACUAGGCAGAAUCCGAAUGGAAAUGGCCGACGAAGAGGUCAGCAACGACACGGUUUGGAGUGUCCGGAGGAGCGGGACUACUACCCGUACUGGCACCCUACGCCUUGGCAUGACAUUGCGGUUCUUACCGAAGAGCCGCAGGCCAGAUGCGACUUCUACCGCGCGGAAUCGCAAAAUGUCAAGGCCAAAGGUAGCUGUUCCCUUCCGGCCUACAACAACCCGGAGGCUUGCAUAGGCAACCAAGGAGCGUGGUCAGAGCAGGAUCCAUGGAAUGAACCUGCACCAGACUGCAUCGGUGGCAUCCAAAGUCGCGACAACCACAAUGGCAAUGUCAGAAAUGGCCAACCACACUACUACUUGUGGAAGAUCCCCAAUCAUCUGAAAGGCCGAACUGUGCUCCGCAUCAGGUACAACAUCUCCACAGGGGACUUCACCUAUGGCUCCCUGGCACAUCCCAAAGUUGAAGGCACCGAGCUUUCAGGUGGUCUGGCCGAUGCCUUCUUCAUGGACCAACGCUUCAAUGACCCGCAGCCAAACACGCGACGCCGCAGUAUCUUCAAGGGGCGCCCAAGCGUUCCCAUUCCUCUGGCCAACAAUCCAGUGGCUGAUUGGCUGAACCUCGAAGACGGCUCCGAGAAGACACGCCUGUUGCAGCUGCAGGUCAACACCAAUCAGUACGGCAGGACAUUCGAGGAUCGCACGCACAGCUUUCUGGUCUUGGAGCGCCCCUCUGACGUUCCUGUCGGCAAGCGCAUCAUCAACUACAACGUGCGCGGUCGGCGUGGAAACAUCGUACAGGUGUACCCCUCCGUGGAGUAUGACUUCGUUCCCUCCGAGUUGUCAGUUGAGGCGGGUACUUUGCUUCAUUUCCAGUGGACGGGCUCCGAUGCCAACAACAACGGCAAUGCAGGAAAUGGGCGCCAGGGGACGGAUCGCUCAAACUUGGUGCAGCUCAAGUCGCGUGACGAAACAGUGCCCCUUCCCAUUGAAGAGCACACACUGCUGUUCAACGCCCCUGCAAAUCCCAACGAUGAGGAGGGAAGACGCCUUGUCGAGAAGUUUGCCUACUUGGAUCAGGAUACUAUCGUCACAUGUGACCCGGAUUCAAACAACGACAAUGACGAGGCCAACUGCAAGCAGCUGAACGGAGCAUCUGCUUACUUUGAUGGUGGGCUGGUAGAGAUGAAGACAGUUGGUACACAUCAUAUUGCCAGCACCCGCAACAACGACUUUACGAAUCGCUCGCACAAAGCUACCAUCAUCGUCACUGCUUUCCAGCUGGACCAGUACGAGAAUGUCAUCCUUGCCAUAGGGGUGACGCUGGCCGUCUUCCUCAUUGCUUAUCUCCUGGUGGCAAUCUAUGCCUUGAGGCAUCCAGGGCACUGGACCUGUUCCUCGCGUUACAGGCCUCGCAUCUUGCGGUGGGUUCUCAAAGAGGAGCGGAUGAAGCAGCUAUUGGAGAAGCGUCGCCAGAUCAUUGCCCAACAAAGGAAGGAGUGGGCCAAAAAAGUGAACGGAUAUGCCAGUGAUGAAGAAACUGCCGCUGAAAAGGCUGCAGAGAUGGCAAUGCCGGAGGAGAAGAUGACAUGGGCUCAGAGCCUGAACCGCUGCUUCCGGCGCUGUGGCCUCGGCGAACAGCAUCUGACAACCUUGCUGUAUGGCCUGCUGAACAUCAUCGUCUUUUUCAUUGGCUUCAUUUCCAACCUGAAUGGAGGCUUUCAGGGCUCCUGGGCAUACCCGCGCCUCGUCGAGUUCAUGAAUUCCAGCGAGGGGACAUAUGAUGUGGAGACCCCACCCUUGGAAGGAUUCCUUGGCUUCCUAGAAUUUCGCCAUGUUGGUGCUCCCGACUUUGAAAAGCUUGCAGACGGCCACAAGGGGGGUAAGCUCGUCUCGAGAGUGGGUUCCGAUCGACGACCCCAUCAACUUCCAUAUCGUCAUUGCUGGCUUCACAUUUCUUGGUGCCGCCAUUCACAUUGUUGCCCAUUGUGUGCAUGCCUACUCCAUCAAAGUUGCCCCUCUGAUACAACUGGACCCCCUUCAUCUUUGGAAGCUGAGUGCAGAG